AUGACGUCGUUUAAGAAUCUGGCGACUGCUCUGGCAGCUUCGCUCCCUGUGGUGACGGCUCUGUACCAAAAUGGCUCCGUCAUCGCUCCUUGCGACUCUCCAAUCUACUGCCAUGGAGACAUCCUCAAGGAGAUUGAGUUGGCAAGCCCAUUCACAGACUCCAAGACAUUUGUUGACAUGCCCGCGAAGAAGCCACUGUCUGAGAUCCAAGCUGCCUUUGACAAGCUUGAGAAGCCGCUCUCCAACAACACUGAGCUAAACGACUUCCUUACCACCUAUUUUGACGAUGCCGGCGGCGAGCUCAAGGCUGUCUCCAAGGACAAGCUCAAGACUGAUGCGAAAUUUGUUGACAAGCUCAACGAUACCGUCAUCAAGGAGUUCGUGAACAAGGUCAUUGACAUUUGGCCUGAUCUGACGCGCGAGUACGCCGGAUCUACCACCAACUGUACCAACUGCCCCAACAGCUUCAUCCCCAUCAACAGGACCUUUGUUGUUGCUGGUGGUCGCUUCCGCGAGCCCUACUACUGGGACUCUUACUGGAUUGUCGAGGGCCUCCUCCGUACCGGCGGCGCAUUCGUUGACAUCAGCAAGAAUACCAUUGAGAACUUUUUGGACCUCAUUGAGCAGUUUGGGUUCGUUCCCAACGGCGCGCGCCUCUACUACUUGAAUCGUUCGCAGCCUCCGCUGCUGUCGCAGAUGGUCAAGGCUUACAUUAGUCACACCAACGAUAGUAGCAUUCUGCAGCGCGCGCUGCCCAUCCUCGUCCAGGAGCACGAGUUUUUCAUGAACAACCGUUCUGUUGAAGUGACUGUCGCAAACAAGACCUAUACUCUCAACCGCUAUGCCGUCUCCAACACGCAGCCUCGGCCCGAGUCCUUCCGCGAGGACUACAUCACUGCAAACAACCAGUCUUACUAUGCCGCUUCGGAAAUCAUCUACCCCGUGAAGAAGCCGCUUAAUGAGAGCGAGCAGGAAACUCUCUACUCUAAUCUUGCUUCUGGCGCCGAGUCUGGUCUCGACUACUCCACUGCCAAGUGGUCGAGCAACCCUCGCGACUCGGUCGAGGACAUUUACUUUCCCCUGCGAUCGCUCAACAUCCUCAACAUUGUUCCUGUCGAUCUCAACUCGAUCCUUUACGGAAACGAGCAGGCAAUUGCUGGCUUUUACAAUAUGACGGGCAACUCGAGCGCAGCUGAUGAUUGGACAAAGAAGGCGGCUGACCGCGCCGAGGCCAUCCACGCCGUCUUUUGGAACGAGACGCUCUACAGCUACUUUGACUACAACCAAACGUCGUCAAGCCAACAUAUUUACGUUCCCAGCGAUGCGGACACUCAGUCGUUCGAGAACGCGACUGCUCCCGCCGGUAUGCAGGAGCUUUUCACUGUCACCCAGUUCUACCCCUUCUGGAUGGGUGCUGCCCCCGAGUAUAUCCGCAACAACCCGUACGCAGUCAAGAAUGCCUUUUCCCGCAUUGCCAAGUACCUCGAGCUUAAGCCUGGCGGCAUCCCGUCAUCCAACCUCCGCACCGGACAGCAGUGGGAUCAGCCCAACGUGUGGCCGCCGCUGAUGCACAUCCUGAUGAAGGGCCUGACCAAUACCCCGGCCACCUUUGGCCAGGACGACCCCGCGUGGAAGGAAGUUCACAAGCUGGCCCUGACUCUCGGUCAGCGCUACCUCGACUCGACCUUUUGCACCUGGUACGCGACCGGCGGCUCGACCUCGGCGACCCCGCAGCUUUCCGGCCUCAGCACGUCCGACGUGGGCAUCAUGUUUGAAAAGUACGACGACACGACCAUCAACCACGCCGGCGGCGGUGGCGAGUACGAGGUCGUCGAGGGCUUUGGCUGGACUAACGGCGUCCUGCUCUGGGUGGCCGACACCUUUGGCAACGAGCUGAAGCGACCGGACUGCGGCAACAUUACCGCCGCCAACGUGCACCCGGGCAAGCGCGAUCUCAGCGCCGUGCAGCUGAGCAGCCGUGAUGCCCAACGCGUCAAGAAGUUUGGCCGCCGCGCCGUCUAG